CUGCGUGCGUCAAUCAAGCUGGGAUGCACGUCGCUUUCCUGACGCGACACUUUUAUCCGAUUGGUCCAGCCAUGAUUCGGGGGCGGGUGCUCCCGCGGCUUUGGUGAAAUCCCAUUGGAUGUGAGACACGUUGGUCGACGUGACGCUACUUGGAAUUCCCGAAGUUCCCAAGUUCAGAGGAGAGGAGCUGUGCUCGUGCUAAACAAAACAAAACAAAACAAAACAAAAGCAAAGCGCUUUGAAGUGGAAAACGCCGAGAGACUCAAGUGUGAGCACGCGGGGUAAAUAAACGUCUUGUUCGCGUUCGCGGUGAUGGAGCCGAGCUCGUGUCGGGGGGCAGCCUGCUUAACAGCUGGGCCUGAGUGAGAACGCGGAAGAGUGGGAGUGGGAAAUUCAGCCAACCAUCCUUUGUUUACCAUCAUGAGUGAACCUUGAAUUUGGUUGCUACAACAACCACAGCCGCCCAGCAUUUACCUCUUAUAAGAGCAAAUCAGAACCUUAGCGCGCGCUAGCGUUGCCGAUAAGAUUUUUAAAGCUCAAUCUGUCCCGUGUGCUGUGCCAAGUUAAGCCUGACGGGGGCGAUGUCUGACAGCAGCAACAGCACAGGCAGCACAGGCUCCUCCACCAACAGCUGGACCCUCCUCUCCCCGGAGGAAGCUGCCAUUGAGAAUGUCGGGCCCGUGGAUGAUGGCACAGAGAGCCUGGGGGAUGUCCCCAGUCUCUCAGAGGAGGUGGCAGGAGCUGCUGUGGAGUUCAAACCCGUUGGUAUCCCCAUAGAAACUGUACUAUCUGAAGAAGGCCACCAGCAGGACUAUACACUCAUGCCUACUCCAUGUAUUCUGACUAUUUUUGUGUGUCAAGAGACCUCUCCAGAGUCCAGUGAGGGUCCUGUCCCUUCUAGUCCAUCCCGUAUGAGCCCUCUCCCACCCAGCCUUCUUGACCCACCAGAUCCGGAUUUGGAGAGUCAGCCUCCAGUUAUCCAUGACAUUGUAACCAGUUCUCCCAGUGACAAUGAGCACCUAGGUGCCAUGCCAUUUGUCACCAACAUUGACAUGGGGGCUCCACUGGAUAUUCCAACUGUUGAAGUCCCCCCAUUCGAGUCCGAGGAGUCCUGCUCUGCACCUCUGAUUAUUGAGAUCCCCAUCUCUGCAGAGCAUGAGCUCCAGAAGCCUGUUGAUGUUGGACUGAUUCCUGCGAGUCCUCCUGGGGAGAGUCAAGUCUUCAGUGCUGAACCCGAGGUUAACAUCCCCACCGAGACCCUUACAGCCACGGAUCCCCUGUCUCAUGUUGAAGCUGAUAUCAGCUUUGUUCCAGACAGCACAGAGUCACAAAGCCCAGUCCCCGAGAGCCUGGUGACAGAACAUCCUACUGAUGAAAGUCCUGCACCAGAGACUGUUGGUUCAGCUGAGGCAGAUGAGGAGGCGGCUGUUAAAAAUGAGCCUGCAAAGCCAUCGGAGCCAGUGAGACAAGAUGAGAGAGACGAUGAAGAAGAGCCUUCCAUUAGGUAUGACUCGGGUGACGCUGGCAGCUUUGAUGAUGGGCUGCGGCGGAGAAAUGUGCCCACCUUUGAGGCACAGAGACCAAGAACAUCAGACGAGGAGGAUGAGGAAGAGGAAGUAGAAUUCAAGCUGGCUGAGAAGAAGGAGGAAAAGCCAUGGUUCUCCUUGAACAAAUGCAUUGUGGGUGCUCUGGUCUUGCUAUUUCUAGGUUCCCUCUUUCUCUCAGGCUUCCACAGUGACCUGGAUAAUGGUGACUUUGACGCCUCCGAUCUGAGUGACGCAGAACAAAGCCAGGACGGGCUUAGCAGUGAUCCACAGGAUAUGAAAGAGCUAUUGGAUAAACUGACACAGGAAAACCAACAAAUCAUUCAGCUAGAGGCACAACUUCAGUCUAAGAAAGAAGAACUUGACUCAGCACUGAAGGCGUUAGCAGCAAGUGGCGAUAAAAAGGCUGAAGCAGAUCUGGAAAAAGAAAAUGCAAAGCUGAAGGAGGAGCUGUCAUCUCUGCCAGAGCUGAAGAAAGAGCUCGAGACUCUCAGAGCCAGAGUGACUGAACUCAGCCAGCUCGCAGCUGAUCAGGAAAUACUUCCAGCUGCAUCUAGUUCGGCCCCACAGCUUGAAGACAAAGAUGGUCAAAGUAACCAGAAAACACCUGGACCAGAGAGGGGGAGGGACGCAAAGCAGGGAGGAAGGCUGAAGGAAGAACUCCAUCGGCAGAAGGUUCUUUUGGAGGAGAGCAAGAAAAGGCUGGACGCAAUGAAAAAAGAUGGAGGCAAGAGAAAACAGGUCAGGGAUCACUUGGAGGAGAUCCAAAGGAAACUCUCCAAAGAAGUUGAGAUGUGGGGGAAGAAGAAGCCCCAGGAGUCCAAAUGGAAAGGGAACAAAGGCAAACACAAUGAGCGGGACCACUACAAGAAAGAGGAGAGGGGAGGAGAGAAAGGGUGGAAGCACAACAACGAGGGAGAAUGGAGGGAUAAAGAAGAGAAGAAGCAGAGAAAGGUGGAAAAAGAGUGGAAAGAUAAGGAGGGCGAAUGGAGGCACAAAGACGAGAGCGGGGGACGAGGAAAAAAAGAGUGGAAAGACAAGAAGGAGGAAGACUGGAGGCAUAAAGAUGAGAGGGAGCAAAGAGGAGAAAAACAGUGGAAAGACAAGAAGGAGCAAGACUGGAGGCACAAAGACGAGAGGGAGCAAAGAGGAGAAAAACAGUGGAAAGACAGCAAAGAGGAAGGGUGGAGAGACAAAGAGGAGAAGAAUGAGAAAGACUGGAAGCCUCAAAAGCAAAACUCUCAUAAAGAGGCUUGGAGGAAACACCAGGACGAGUGGGAGAGCAAGAAGGGUGAGAGGAGAAUGGACAGAGAGGAGAGGAGGAAGGAGAAACCGUGGCACAGCCGGUCUGCUAAAAACCACCAGCACCAACAUCACCAUCAGCAGCCCCGCCAUCCUCAUCAGCACCACAACAACGAUUUCUGGAGAGACCAGGAGCAAAAGCUCCAACGCAAUGUCCGUCCCCAGCUGGGCUGCACUUCCGUGGAGGACUGCGCCAGCAAGGAGGGGCUCUAUCCAGUGGAGCUGUCAGAGUUUGAGGAACUUCUGGAGGGCUACCUGAGCAAGCUUGAAAGGUCAUCAUCAGAGAGCAAGGAUAGGUUCAGGAGGCUGACCGCAGACUACUUUGAGGACGCCGUGUUCAUCCACGACAGGAUUCGUUUCAGCGACUUUGCUGAGGACGUGGCAGACAUUUUGGAAGACAUGGUGGAUGUUUUAGAGGGCGACGGGAAGAAGGACGACGACUCCCUGGAGGAGGAGAUGGAGGAGUUUGAGCGAGAAGCCCUGUGGAAGUUUGCUGCAACGGCUUAAAAAAACGGCUGCAGAGAGGAAACCAGUGGUGGUUUUAUAGGACAUUUCUUGCCUUCGGAGCUGUAAUAGUAGUAGCUUCUGGCACAGAGUGUUUGUGCCUCUCAUAAACAUGUCUCUGAGUCUGUAAUUAUAAGCUAGACUUGUAUUUGUCAUCUUGGACUUAGUCGUUGUUACCUACCUCUGUCGAGUCAUGCCUCCUAAAGCAAAGUCCUUCAGUAAUGUGUUGUGUGAAUUUCCUCUGCUGUUUAGUGAUUUACACACGUGUAGUGCAUGUUACAGUUCAUUAUAAUGUCAGUUUAAAUUGAUCACACAGAUCACAGAAGAUGGUAUUUGCAAAUAACCAUCAGCACAACUUAUAUACCGUUAUAUAAGUUGUGAAUAGAAAAAAAAAAGGGGGGGGGGGUAUUUAUGUCAUUUUAUCUUGUAUGGGAGCCUGACUAAUCUCUACUCCAAGCAGGUUAAAAAAAUACUAGAAUGUUUUUGCAGAUAGCAUUUAUCCCUGCUCGGGUGUGACUGUCCAAUCCCAGAGGAUGAGAUCCCGGUCCUUUCAGUGAUAACAAUCAGAUCAGGUCGGACCAGUUUUCUGUCAGCAGCGCUUUAUUUGGCCAAACACACACAGAGGACUGCCUGAGAGGGCCUGAUUUCUAGAUUUGAAGAACUUUUCCAUCCUCUUGGCCGACGGCAGACGUGUGGAACAACCAGGAACCAGUUUGUGCUGCUCAAGAAAAAAAAAAAA